AGCCUAUACCACGGUAAAUACAAAAAAUGGUUACAAUAAAUAUCAAGAUGCAAUCCACGAAACGAUUUACAGGAGUAACCAUAAAGUUAUAUCAUUAGGGGUCAUCUAUACUGCAAAAAAUGAUUUUGCUAAAGUCGAUAUGAUACUGUCCAUAAGCAUAGAUCGUUGGAGUGGCUUAUCUAUGUGA